AUGCUGAGGGUCCUGAUCCUCGCCCUGCUCUGGAGGGGGUCCCUGUCCCUGGAGUCUGGCUAUUCCCUCACGGUGCCGCAGUCGGUGUCGGUGCAGAAGGGUCUCUGUGUUCUCGUCCCCUGCAACUUCACGUACCCAGCCCGGUACGACACCGACAAUCCCUCGGCCCAGUUCUACGGAUACUGGUACAAGGAUAAGGCUGAUUUGUGGAAUGAUCGACCUGUGGCCAGCAGUGACCCCAGGUCGCUGAAGACCCAGGGCCGGUUCCGGCUGACGGGGGAUCCAGCGCACAGUGACUGCUCCCUGCAAAUCAGUGAUGCCCGACGGACGGAUGCAAGGAGAUAUUUCGUUAGAGUCGAGAAAGGAAACUUUAAAUACAGUUACCGCUCCUAUAACGAUCGCACUCACCCUUUGCUCACGAUCUCGGUGCCAGAGCUGACGGAGGAGCCAGAGAUCCAGAUCUCGCCGGCUCAGGGGCUGCCAGGGAUGCUGGUGGCCAGGGAGCCGGUGACUGUGACCUGCACGGCCCCUGGGCGCUGCUCCGGGCCCCCUCCCCGAGUCACCUGGAUGGGGCCGUUCAGCGACACAGCCCGGGACGUCUCAGCCCAGCUGGCGAACGGCACCUGGGCCCACAGCUCCGUGCUCAGCUUCACGCCCGGCCUGGGGGACAACGGAAAAGAGCUCGUCUGCAGCGUCACCUACAGGCCACCACAGGGACCUUCCACCAGCAGAACCUUCCGGCUCCACGUCGGCUACCCGCCAACGCCCCCCAACAUCACCAGGACCCUGACCAGGAAUGGACGUCCCGUGCCAGAUGUGUGGGGAGCUGAGGGCGACGUCGUGUCUCUGGAGACACAGGAGGGUGACUCCCUGAGUCUGAGCUAUCCCGGCACCCUGGUGGCGAACGGGUCACAGCUCGCAGCCUGGGAGGGCGACUCCCUGCGGUUCCUCUGCUCCGUCGCCAGCAGCCCCCCUGCUGCUCUGGGUUGGGUGAGGGGGGGCCGAGCCAUCGAGGGUUCCCGCCCCAUGGGGGAGAAUCAGCUGCAGCUGGAGCUGCUCAACAUGACGGCCGAGGCCGGGGGGCUGUACGGGUGCUGGGCCCAGAACAAGGAGAGCUCUGCCCAGGGGACGUUCCAGCUGCUCGUCGAGUGUGAGUGGGGUUAA